AUGUACUCAAGCUGGGGUCUUUUGGUUUCCGCAGCUGAGGUGUUUGACAAAAUGCCGCACACAAGUAUUGUUACUUGGAAUGUUUUUAUUAAUGGUUUGAUUAAAUGGGGUCAGCUGGAUUUCGCUCGCUCCGUGUUUGAUCGGAUGUUGAUUCGGAGUGUGGUCUCGUGGACUCUUGUUAUUGAUGGGUAUACGAGAGUGAAUAAGCCUUUGAAAGCUUUGGCCUUGUUUAGGAAAAUGGUUGAGGUUGAUGGUAUAGAGCCGAAUGAGGUUACUCUUUUGACUGUUUUUCCUGCUAUUGCUAGUCUUGGGGAUAUCAAGAUGUGUAGGUCUGUUCAUGGGUGUGUGGAGAAGAGAGGGUUUAACGCGGUUGAUAUAAGGAUUGUGAAUUCGUUGAUUGAUUUGUAUGCCAAGUGUGGAUGUAUAGAGAGUGCGAGUAGAUUGUUCUCGGAGAUGCCUGAGUGGAGGAAGAAUUUGGUGUCGUGGAAUUCUGUUAUAUCUGGUUUUGCUAUAUUUGGGAUGGUGAGGGAGGCUGUGGAGACUUUUGAAAGAAUGGAGAAGGCUGGGGUGCGGCCGAAUCAUGUGGCGUUUCUUAGUGUUUUGAGUGCUUGUAGUCACGGGGGAUUGGUGGAGGAGGGGCUUGAGUUUUUCGGUAAAAUGGUGAAUGAUUAUGGGCUUGUGCCGGAUGUUAAACACUAUGGUUGUGUGAUAGAUAUGCUUGGGAGAGCUGGGAGGUUGGAAGAAGCUGAAAAGGUUGCCUUGCAGGUUCCCCGUGAGGUUGCAAAUGAUGUUAUUUGGAGGACACUUCUUGGAGCUUGCAGUGUUCAUGAUAAUGUUGAAAUUGGUCAGAGGGUGACCAAGAAGAUACUGGAGAUGGAGAAAGGGCAUGGCGGUGAUUAUGUUCUAAUGUCCAAUAUUUUGGCAGGUGUUGGGAGAUUCAAGGAUGUCGAGAGAUUAAGAGAAAUGAUAGAUAAGAGAAAUGCCUUUAAACUCCCAGGCUAUAGUUUAGUCUAA